UUUCAUAGUUUGUUUGUAGUGAUCCUAAAAUAGUGGUUAAAAACUAUUUUAAAAAGAGAAACACAGAGUUUUAAAUGAUUUGAAAGGAGAAGACAACAAUUAGUUGACAUUUCGGACCUCUCUAUUCAAUACACAUAUUUAUCCGACUGUUUCUUUUAAAAGAGAUAUUUUUGAAGGGAAAUUGACAAUUGAACGAUCCGAGAUCCGAUCCUCGAAUCUCAAAUAUUCAUUUUUCAUUUAUUAUCAGUCUAAUAUCAGUCAUCCAUUAUUAUCAGGUCGUUUUUAUUUUAAUUUGAACAAUUGUGUGAUGAAGAAAACUUAACAAAUUAUUGUGCCUUGUCUGUUAAUUUAGAGCUGCUAUAAAGUGUUAAAUUUAGUCAAAAAUUAUUUAAAAGGUGCAAUAUGACUGGAAGACUAGCAGGACAAACUAUCAACGAUAGGCUUUUGGCCGCAAAACACAGCCUGGCUGGACAAGGUUUGGCUAAAUCAGUAUGUAAAGCAACUACUGAAGAAAUGAUUGGACCCAAAAAGAAACAUUUAGAUUAUUUAGUCCAUUGCACAAAUGAACCAAAUGUGUCAAUUCCACAAUUAGCAAAUUUGUUAAUAGAACGAUCACAGAAUACAAAUUGGGUUGUAGUGUAUAAGGCACUAGUCACAGUACAUCACGUGAUGUGUUACGGAAAUGAGAGAUUUACACAAUAUUUAGCAUCUAGUAAUAGUACAUUUCAACUUAGCAAUUUUCUGGAUAAAGGUGGAGUUCAAGGUUAUGAUAUGUCUCCAUUUGUAAGAAAAUACGCUCGGUAUCUCAACGAAAAAGCUUUGUCUUACAGAACUGUUGCUUUUGAUUUCUGCAAGGUAAAACGAGGGAAAGACGAUGGUAUGUUAAGAACGAUGAAUGCAGAUAAAUUACUAAAAACCGUUCCGACUUUACAAAAUCAACUCGAUGCCUUAUUAGAAUUCGAUUGUUCGGCCAAUGAUUUAACAAAUGGAGUCAUCAACAUGUCUUUCAUGUUACUAUUUAGAGAUUUAAUUCGCCUAUUUGCAUGUUACAAUGAUGGAAUUAUUAAUUUAUUAGAAAAGUUCUUCGAUAUGAACAAGAAACAGUGCAAAGAAGCUUUAGAUAUUUAUAAGAAAUUUUUAAUUAGGAUGGAUUAUGUAUCAGAAUUUUUAAAAGUUGCGGAGAAUGUAGGUAUCGAUAAAGGAGAUAUACCCGAUUUAACAAAAGCACCAAGCAGCCUUUUAGAUGCAUUAGAGCAACACUUAAAUUAUUUAGAUGGGAAAAAGUCGACAACUUCUAACCAAUCAAGUAGUGCGAGUAAUCAAAAAAAUGUUAAAUCUGGUGUAUCAGCGUUAUCUACAACCAGUAAUGCAUUUGGAAAUGUAGUAGCAAAUGCUCGUUUCGAUUCAUCGAAUGGUAUAGAUGAACAGUUAAAAUUACAACUGCUUGCUGAAGAGGAGGCUGCAAUGAAUCAAUUUAAAUCAAAAGUGUCACCAAUUCAAGCCAACAAUCCAUUUUUAAGUAAUUCUUCGUCAUCAACGACGGUAUCAUCACAAUCCGUCAGUUCACCUCAAUUUGACUUGUUCACUGUCGAUGCAGCUUCCGUCAAUCCAAGAGCUUCUGAUGAUUUGUUACAGUUAUCCAAUCCAUUUGCGGAUGCUUUCACUCCUCAGCCAACUUCGAAUGCGAACUCUUUUAUUAACCAGCAGAACAACGUUUGGAUGCCUAAUAGAAACGGUUUUGCAGUGUUGAGCCCUGGAAACAACCCGGCUCCGUCUGGUGGGACAUUCGUAAACGAAAAUAGUUUUGCAGCCGUAUUUGGAAACGCAGAAACCAAGACAAACAAUUUUGAUCCUCUCGGUGGCGUCCUUCAGCCUGCAAACGCAAAUGGAGAAAGGCCUAUUGGUAUUGGUUAUAGUGAAAACAACAACCCACAACCUACCUCUAACGGCCUAUUAACCGGUGAUUUGGAUUCAAGUUUGGCAUCGUUAGCUGAAAAUCUUUCAAUAAAUAGAGCAACAGUUACAAAAAGUAUCCAAUGGAACUCGCCCAAAAACGGUUCAAAAACAGGCAAUAACUGGACACCUCAACCAAUAUCAGACACAACGGGAGCUGGAUACAAACCUAUGAAUCAAUCGAUGCCUCCUUCGCCAUUUAGCAGUAUGACAAUUCCACCUGCACAACAACCACAAAUGUAUCCACAAAUUAUGAGCAUGCGUCCCAUGACGACACCACCGAUAUUGACCACAAUGCCUACUAUGAAUCAAAUGAAUCCGACUGUGAAUCAGAUGGGCCAACAAUCACUGCUAUUUCAUUGAUGAAUUUAAGUUAUCACCUUUCUCGGUAAAUAGAAAUAUAUUUUUGUUAAAUGUAACAGAUAAGGGUAAAACAAUAUCUGUACAGGUUGAUGUAGAAUAGGAUCACGCGAGUUUGUUUAGAUUUUCGAGUCAAGUGAUGAAAUUAAAUUUCUCGUGCCUUAUAUCUAAUGUUAAACAAGAUGUCAGAUUUUUAGUAAUUAUCGUUAGUGGUCGUUCAUCUUGUUUGCUUGGCGUUCUUUAUAUUCAGAUUCUAAAAAUAACGGAAUUAAUAUUUUAUCGCUGCUUUAUUUUCCUUUUAGUAUAGUUUGAUCUCAGGCAGUGAUUGUGAU